AUGGGUGCCAUCAAGAGUGUAUCCAUCAGCGAGAAGUUUAAAAGCUUCAUCCUACCGGCUGGGAGUGUAACCUUGAUUGACGAGGACAAUGAAGGUGAAGAUGAUCAUCCUGCCGAUACCAAUUAUUCUUUACAGAGUAGCAACGAUGUCAAACCACUCAAGAGCAGUGCUUCUAAGCGUAUCAUGGAGCGUCGACCUGGCCAACAUAAGAUGGAACUGCCGCCGGACGUGGGCUCUUCUCAAGAACCGGGCGUCCUUGAGGGAGAAUCGCAUGAGCAGGUGGUGCAGGGUCUUCAGGAAGCUUUGAACAUAUGCAGCGCUGUGUUUUCUCAAAAAAGAGGCGCUUGCUAUCCUCUGACGUCCAGCCUGCACAGUCGCUUACUUGCAGUAUUGCCGCAAUCGUGA